GGGGGGAGCAUCGCUGGUGGAUCCUCUUGAACAGUUGGAGGCGACCCAGGCAAAGGAGAUGGAAAAGCAGGACCCAGAAGGCCCGGCACCUGGCAAGACAGCAAGGAACAUCCAAGCUGGGAGUGGUGUUGCAUUCUGGGAGAGAGCUGUGGCAGAGACCUGGGAUCAGGAGCCCCUGAACCCAGAAGUACUUUCCCGACACUUCCGGCAGUUCCGCUACCGUGAUGCCGACGGGCCCCGAGAGGUUUGCAGCCAGCUCCAUGGACUUUGUAAGCGCUGGCUGAAGCCGGAGGUGAACUCCAAGACGCAGAUCCUGGACCUGGUGAUCCUGGAGCAGUUCGUGACCAUCCUGCCCCGGGAAAUGCAGUGCUGGGUCAGAGGAUGUGGGCCGGAGACCAGUUCCCAAGCAGUGGCUCUGGCUGAGGGUUUCCUCCUGAGUGAGGCCGAGGAGGAGAGGCAGGCCGAACAGAUGUGCAGUCCAUCCGUGAAGAUGGAAGCAGAGUUUUCUCCCAUGGAAGGAGCUCUGUGGGAGGAGGGGGAGCUGGCUCAGGCCCAGAAGCAUACCCCAGAUGCUGUCCCACGUGGCAGUGAAGAGACAGUGUUGAGCCAUACUCUUUGCGCAGGUGUGGAAACAGCUGCUGCACCUCCAGCCCAGUCUUUGGUUACCUUUGGGGAAGUUGCCAUACAUUUCACAGAGGCAGAGUGGGCAUUGCUGGAUCCUGACCAAAGAGCCUUCUACAAGGACGUCAUGCUGGAGAACUACGUGAGCAUGGCUUCUCUGGCAGGGAACGAGCAGUGGGAUGAUGGGGAUGAGAAAGUGCAUCAGCUAUUGCCUGAUAAAGUGAAGAUCGAUGAUCUGCAAGAAAGUGACAGAAAUCAAGGCAGUCCUAAGAGGCAGCAAGGAAGUCACGUGGCUGAGAAGAGCAAUCAAGCCAUUUCUCUCCAAGAUAAGGAUUUCUGGGAACUAAUCCACAAAAUAGAAGAUGCACGUAAAUGCUUAGAGUGUGGAAUGAACUACUCAGAUCAAACCCAAUAUGAGAUCCAUUUGCAAAUGCAUAGUGGAAUGAAGAACGCUCAAUGCUUGGAGUGUGGCAAGACUUUUCUUUGCAGAGUAGAGCUCCUGAGGCAUCAAAAAACACAUCAAGGAGAGAAGCCUUAUAACUGUUCAGACUUUGGCAAGAGCUUCUCCCAAAAAUCAUCUCUUUUUCAACAACAAAGGACUCAUUCAGGAGAGAAGCCAUUAAUCUGCUUAGAAAAGGGAACAACUUUCUCAGAAAGAAGAAAGGGAAAUGUACUCAUUCCAAAGCAUGGUAUUCUAAGGGCACAUAAAUGCUUUUGGUGCGGAAAGUUCUUCAGAUGUAAAUCAAAGCUCCUUGUGCACCAGAGAAUGCACACAAGGGAGAGACCUUUUGAAUGCUCAGAGUGUGGAAAGAGAUUCAGUCAGAGGGGCACUCUUCAACGACAUCAAAGAACUCAUAUAAAGGAGAGACCUUUUGAAUGCUCAGAGUGUGGAAAGAGAUUCAGUCAGAGAAGCCAUCUUAAAAAGCAUCAAAGGGCUCACACAAAGGAGAGGAGCAGACUUGAAAACUUCCCCUUUUCAGCAAAUCAGAUGUCUUUUCUGAAUCUGACCCACUGAAUUUUGAGGCAGUAACUUCCUCUGUAUCUCUCCUAUCAGAAUUCUGCCACACAGACUGCAAUUCUCAGCUUUUCACUCAUUUUGGAGCACUUAAUAGUGGCCUUUUAUUUUCUGUUUCUUUGCACUGAUUAAUAUAAGAGUUCACUUUAUUUCUGUGUCCAUAGCUGGAAUGCUGUAUUUAGCUUCUGAUUCUCUUUUUGUCAUCUUUUACUUCUGCUUUUUGGACAUAAUUAGGAAUUUGUUUCUUCAGUCAUCCAUCAAUGUUUUUAAUUUCUUUUGGCUACAUGAAUAUCCUUUGCCCAUUCUACCCUGAUAAUAUCUCCAUUUUCAACAGUUUAAGAGCUUAACUGGUAACCUCUCCCCCCCACCCUUCCUGUAACCUUUCCCAGCCAUUCAGGGGACUAUUGCCUGUAACCUAUCCCAGCCAUUCAGGGGACUGUCGUGGUUUGGGCCCGUGGAGGGGAAUACGCGGCUGUGCGGAGCUUGCUUCCACAGCUGCGCAUCCCAUGGGGCUGUUUGUGCGAACAGCCCCAGAGCCUGCAUCGGCAUGAUUAAUGCCAAUGCAGGGUCUCUCCCUUGGCUGUGCGGAAACCGCCCAGGUCUCCGUGUAAUUUGCCUCCUGUAGAAGAGGGGCAGUGUUUCUGUGGAAGCUCCUAUCUGUUCUCCGAGAAAAUUUUUUGUGGCAAUGCUGUGUGGAAUUCCUCUGGAGCAGGAAAACGUCCAACUGCAGCAACAGUGCCGGAGCCUAAGUGAUUGUCCAUAGGAGGGGUGUCACCAGAGGUGGGAUCCAACCAGUUCUCACCACUUCUCUAGAAGUGGUUACUAAUUUUUUCUGAGUGCCGAGAAGGGGUUACUAAAGCAACCUCCCUGCCCAAUAGGGACUGUGUGUGGCGGCCCCACUGUUUGAAUCCCACCACCAUCGGAACCUGUUAUUAACAUUUUUGGAUCCCACCACUGGGUGUCACGUAGCCAAGGAUUGCCACAGGAUCAUCAUGGUGUACAUCCUAUUUCCCAAAUGUUCUGUUUGCGCCUGCCCCUGAGGAUGAACAUGCUGCUUUCAUGGCCUUCCUGAUUUUCCUGCUUGUGAACAGAACACCCAAUAAAUUGCAUCCAGACACUC